AUGGCUCCUCUCCGCGUCUCCAUCCUCGGCACCGGCCUCUCCCUCCAGGCCUUCCACAACCCCCUCAUCGUCGCCCUCCCCGACCAGUUUGUCGUCCACUCGGUCUUUGAGCGCUCCAACCGCGGCAAGGCCAAGGAGGUCUGCGGCGACAGCAUCAAGGUCGUCACUACCAUUGACGAGGUUCUGAACGACAAGGACGUUGAUGUCGUCGUCGUGUCGACCCCCAACAACACCCACUACCCCUAUGCCAAGGCUGCCCUUGAGGCCGGCAAGCAUGUCAUGGUUGAGAAGCCCGUCACCCCUACCGUGCAGGAGGCCGAGGAGCUUGCCGCGCUCGCCAAGAGCAAGAACCUUGUCUUCUGCGUGUACCAGAACCGCCGCUGGGACGCCGACUUCCUGACCCUCCAGCAGCUCAUCAAGGACAACAAGCUUGGCCCCGUCCACGAGAUGCACACCCGCUUCGACCGCUACCGCCCCCUCCCCGCCAACCACGUCGCCGGUGGGUGGAAGGAGACUCCUGGCCAGCACAACGAGGCCAUCUACAACCUCGGCUCGCACAUUAUCGACCAGGCCGUCACCCUCUUUGGUGUUCCCGACAAGGUCUGGUGCCGCAACUACGACGAGCGCGGCAUUGGCCUCGACGAGGCCUUUGAGAUGGAGCUCAUCUUCCCUGCUCAGCCCGGAUCCAAGACGCCGCUUGCCGUCCACCUCGGCGCGUCGAUCCUGUCCUCGGUUCCCAGGCAUCUGCGUUACUUGGUCAAGGGCGCCACUGGCUCGUUUGAAAAGUUUGGUCUUGACCCCCAGGAGCCCUUCCUCCGCGGCGGCAAGACGGUCGCCGACGAGGGCUACGGUAUUGAGAGCGAGGAUGCGUGGGGCGAGCUCUCGGUCUGCACCGAGGGCAAGUGGACCACUACCAAGGUGCCCAGUGCCAAGGGUUGGUACCCCUCGAUCUACUCGUCGAUGCACGAUGCCAUUGUCAACAACGACCCCUCGCGCCUCGCCAUCAAGCCCGAACAGGCUAUUUGGACCAUGCGCAUCAUCGAGCUGGGCAUGCAGUCGAGCAAGGAGGGUCGCGUGAUUGACGUCCAGAAGUAG